AUGGCGUCGACUCAGAGGACGGUCGUGCUGCCGCUGCGGUGCGCGCUGUACGCGGUGGCCGCCGCUGCGCUCCUGUUCGUGCGGCUCUUGCCCGCGCGGGGCGUCGUGGCGUCGAGCGCGUGCGCGUGCGGGGGACACGAUGAGAGAAGGACGUACUCGUACGUCGGCGACGACUUCCCCGCGCAGGCCCCGAUAUCCCUCCCCGCGACGACACACGUCCAGACCUCCGGCGAGCCCGCGCACGCGCUCGACGCCGACGCCGAGUGGGGCGCGCUCUUCCCCUCCACCGACGGCUUCGUCACCCUCCGCCCCCCACCCGCCGCCUCGUCCGCGCUCAGCAACACCACCGCGACCGGCCGGACGUUCCUCGUCUCGGCCGUGCACGAGCUGCACUGCCUCGACGUCUUCCGCGUCGCCAUCGCGGACGCGGCGCGCCCCGGCGCGCGCGCGCACGUCGCGCACUGCCUGCGGUACAUGCUCCAGCUCGUGCGCUGCCGCGCGGACGCGACGCUCGAGGCGGACGAGCCCGGCGUGCGCGACGGGCGCUGGGCGCACGCGGCGAGCGGGGUGGGCGCGGUGCACGUGUGCCGGGACUGGAGGGCGUUGUGGGCAUGGGUGGAGGCGCAUCCCCCGGACGAGAUCGAGGGCGAAGUCGUGGAGGGCGCGGGGGGGAGGGAGACGUUUCAGGGAGAUUGA